AUUUUUAUUAAAUGAACCCUUAUAUUUUUUAUAAUUAGUUUAAUUUUUUUUUUUUUUUUUAUAACAAUAUUUUAUUUAAAUAACUUUUUAAUUUUAGAGUAUAAUCUUAUUUCAAUUAAUAAUCUAGAUUUAAAAUUAUAUUUACUGUUUGAUUGAAUAAGAUGUUUAUUUUCAUGUAUUGUUUUAUUAAUUUCAAGAAUAGUAUUAAUAUAUAGUUAUAGUUAUAUAAAACAUGAAAAAAAUAAAAUUUCUUUUUGUUGAAUAGUAUUAAUAUUUGUUCUAUCAAUAAUUUUAUUAAUUAUAAUGCCUAAUGCUUUUAUAUUAAUUUUAGGUUGAGACGGUCUUGGGUUAAUUUCUUAUAUUUUAGUUAUUUUUUAUCAAAGAACAAAUUCGUUUAAUUCUGGAAUAAUGACUAUUAUUAGAAAUCGUAUUGGAGAUGUAAUAAUAAUUAUAAUAAUUAUUUUUAUAUUAAAUUUUGGCUCAUUUGAUUUAAUAAGAAUAAAUAAACUUGAAUUUAUCUGUGAAAUAUUUAUUGUUACUGCUGGAUUAACAAAAAGAGCUCAAAUUCCAUUCUCUGCUUGACUUCCCGCUGCUAUAGCAGCCCCCACUCCAGUUUCUUCCUUAGUUCAUUCUUCAACGUUAGUAACAGCUGGAGUUUAUUUAUUAAUUCGUUUUGAUUUUUUAUUUCAGAUUGAAUUUUUUAGCGAAAUUUUAUUUAAAGUUUCGUUUCUUUCUAUAAUAAUAGCAGGGAUUAAAGCCUUUUUUGAAAAUGAUUUAAAGAAAAUUAUUGCCUUUUUUUCUUUUAGUCAACUUUCAAUAAUAAUAGUAGUUUUGUCAAUAAAUUUAACUUAUUUAGCUUUUUUUCCUUUAAUUAUACCUGCUGUAUUUAAAUCAAUACUUUUUUUAGGAGCCGGUUUUGUAAUUCAUAAUUUAAUAGGAAAACAAGAUAUUUGAAUAUUAUCAGAUUUUUUUUUUUUUAGCCCCUUAGUUUUAAGAUGUAUAUUAAUUUCAUUUUAUUCUUUAAUAGGAAUUCCAUUUAUUGGAGGAUUUUAUUCAAAAGAUUUAAUUUUAGAAUAUUUUUUAUUGAAAAACUUUAAUUUAAUUGUAUUAGUAAUUUUUGUAUUAGGAGUAAUUUUUACUUUUUUAUAUAAUAUACGUUUAAUUUAUUAUAUAUUUCUUAAGGGCACUUUAGCUAACAUUUUAAUUAAAAUUAAUUAUGAUAUUUUUAUAAAAUUUCCUAUUUUUUUUUUAACUUUUUUAUUGCUAGUUGUAGGAAAUUUACUUUUUUGAUUUAUUAUACCUUAUCACAGAAUAAUUUUUAUUACUAAUUUACAAAAAUUGUUAAGAUUAAUUUUAUUAAUAGUAGUUUUAUAUAUAAGAAUUUAUUUUAUAAAAAUUAGUUAUUUAAAUCCUAAAAAUUUCGAAUUUUUUAUAACAAUAUGAUUCUUAUCAAAAUUAACAAGUUUAGGCCCCCUUUUCAAUACAAAAAAUUUUUUGAAAAUAAAAAUUAAGGAUUGCCCUUGAAUUGAAAAAAAAAAACCCCUAGGAAUAAAAAGUAUAUUUAUAAAAAAUUAUAAAAUUUCAUUUCUUUCUAAUAAAAUAUCUUUUCCUAAAAUUAUUAUAUUAACUAUACUAUUUAUUUUAUAA